CAUGAGAGAGGGCUCAUCGCGCAACAGUUCGAAUCUUAGUGUGAUAAUCGAUCAGCGCUUGAGAAUCGACACCUGUCGGUAUUUAAUCGAGAUCCUGUCGCGUCGCAUAACCGGCGAUUAACGGUCGAUUGAUCCUCCCUCCCCCAAUUUGAGUGAAAAAAACUCUCCAAUUGAGAGAGAAGAGAGAGAGAGUGAUUGUGGCAUAUUCUGAGAGCGGGUGGUGGUGAUGAGUGGUCCAUUUUCAGUCGCGAUCAUAACAUGAGACAGAGCUCAUCGAGGAAGAGCCUUCUUCGGAUCGAUAACUAAUCUAGAUCUUAUCACCUCCAACCACAAGCCGUUUUUGUAAAAUCGUCUGGCUAGACCUGUUCCCACAUCUAUGGAGUUUCAUCUAGACAGUGCAGAAUACUGCCAGGCACAGCACAAAUAAAAAGUAAUUGAUCCUCAAACAAGGCGGUGGAAAGCCAAAGGUCGCCUCUUCGGACGUCG